UGCAGCCAUUGCUCCCUUGCGCCUGUCACCUAAAGUCGCCGAUUGCUUAUCACCCCAGAGAGGAAUAUGAAGAGUUCUUUUCACAUUGUGUAGAAAUGGAUGUAAUUACUUUGGCUGCUCUGUAAAGAUACAUUGGAGGAGCUGACCAUCUUUACAGAUCCGUAGGGUGUACACAAGUCAGUCGCUGGUUGUUGAGUCUGUAUCUGAAGCCAUGGAGGAGGACUUGCCUACCGCCUUUCUGCCACGUGAAAUAAUACAAGAUGAGCAUCUAAUUGGAUCUAAUUAGAUAUGAGUACAUGCAGUGUAAUGUUACUCAGAUGGAAGAUCCGUCCAAAAGUAUGAACAACAUGAAAUUAAAAAAAACCCAGGUAAAAUAGACAUAACCGCAUUGAUCAUGAUCUGACGUUUUCAUCAGAAAUAAAAACAGAUUUGUUGGUAUUAAUCAUUGCAGAAGUCUUUACUGGAACUUUCUAAGUCUCAAGUAACUUGAAAUGCUUUGACAUAAGUUUAGUCCCAGUCAAGACUACUAUUUUUGUAAAGGUGCAAUUUUUUCAUCUAAAUUGUUAUUAUGACAUUCACUCUCUCUCCCAUUUCAGCAAAAAAUGGUGGCUUCCUUGGCGUAUCAACGGAAACCCUUGAAGCUAAAGAAGGUCUAAAGUCUACCAUGAUGGGGUGGCCCCUUAGUGGACCCACCAUGACCCAGUCAUGGGCUGUUGAAAAAAGGCCCCUCCUGAUCCCUUUGACCAUGCAAAACCCCAUCUAGGCUGAAAAAUUUCAUUCACUCUCUCUCCCAUUUCAGAAAAAAUGGGCAGCUUCCUCGGCGCGUCAAGGCGACAGCCAGUGUACACCUCAGAGGUUCUUCCAGCUUGCCAGAUGAGAUUCCUGAAUAUCUGUCAGAAUGUCAGAUGAUUUGAGGAAACAGACAGAGUCCAGUACAUCCCAACCAAUGGCAAGAGUAAAAUGUUCAAGAAAAAGAAGUAUUGGUGUGAUUUCAAAGGAGAAUUACGACUGCCUUAGAUUAAAACUUGAAGGAGGUGACAUUCCCAAGGAUAGCAAGACUGUCAAGUUUUACCAUGUCUGCCAGAAAAUACGGAAGUUCAAUUUAUCUUUGACAGAAAUUCACAACCCUGUCCAAGGAGAAUAUAGAUUGGAGAUUAUUGAUGGGGACAGGAAAAUAGUGAUAUCAAAGUCAGAACUUGAUAAUGUCAUCUGCAAAUUUUACACUGAGUUGCGGGGUUCUGGAGCAAAGAAAAUAAGAACAUUGAUAAACCAGUAUUAUGCUGGCAUUUCUCAGGAAGCCAUACAAGACUUUAUAGACAGGCAAGAUGACAGGCAACUGUUACAUCCUAAAUUUGUUAAUGCUGCCAAACUAAAACCGGUGAUUUCAAGAACACCAAUGGGGCGACACCAGGUUGACCUUGUGGAACUAACUGGAAUGCCUGCAGAAAAUGAUGGUGAAACAUUCAUUUACAUCUUGUCUGUUAUUGAUGUUUUCACAAGAUUCUUGUGGCUUCGGCCUCUUUCCAACAAAAGAGCCUGUUCAGUGGCAUUGGAACUCCACAAAAUCUACUUUGAGUAUGGAUGGGGAAAUCCAAGAAUCUUACAGUGCGAUCAAGGCUCCGAGUUUAAGGGAGCAGUCAACCAACUCUGCAUUGAAAUGGGAACGAAGAUUGUCCGAAGUCGGGCUCACCAUCCCCAAUCUCAGGGAAAGAGUGAACAAUCACACCGGGAUUGGAAAAGCCAUUUGGAAUUUUAUCACAGCAAACAUGGUGAUGGAGAAAGCUUCAACUUGGUGGAAAAGUUGCCAGCAUAUGCUAGAAUACACAAUGAAAGCAUUCAUUCUGCACUUGGUUGUUCACCAUACAAGGCCAUGCUGGGCUGCCCUCCAGUACACUUCAAGAAUGUGUUGAGAGCUGGGAGUACAGAUGAUGCAUACUCUUGCUCUGAAGAAGAUGAGCAAUGCGAACUAUCUGCAGAGAGUCAUGAGGAUACUGGAGACGAAUAUGGCUUUAAUGAGAGAAUAGAAGCAAUCACAGGAAACCUCAGGAAAAAUGUGCUGCAGGCGUCACUGACCAAAUCAUCAGAAAUGAUUAAAAAACACCACGAAAACAAGGACACAUCAGUGUACAAGAUAGGGGAUGAAGUUCUGGUGAGGGUUCAUGGAAAAGAUACCAGAGUCAAACGAGGUGGGCCCAAAAAAGGGAUGAAAAAAUGCAAGGAAGGAACUAUUGUCGAAAUAGAUUCCCAGAACUCCCAAUUCAAGGUUGCCUAUCCGAACAAGCAUGUGCAGUGGGAGCAGGUGUGUGACAUUACUUCUCGGACAAGAAAAGAAGAGAAGAGGAGAAGAAUGAGGACAUAUGAAGAUGCUCUGCCAGAUGCAAGAGAAGAGGGUAGAAAGCCACUCAAAAGGGGAAAAACACAGGAUGAAAAAGGAAAGGGAGAACAACAGGCUCAAACCAAGAGGAGAGACAAUGCAGAAACAAAAGGACGCAAGAAGACGCCAACUAUGAAAGAACUGGAGAUGGAGGCCUCAUUCUAUGACCUUGACAUUGUGGACAAUGAAGGGGCUGGUAACUGCAUGUUUAUUGCAUUGGCUCAACAGCUUCAAAUACAUGACAUUGACAUAACCAGCCAUAAACAUCUGCGAGAAAAGGUUGUGCAAUAUGUGUAGGGCAAGCGGUGUCUGUUCAAGGACUUCGUGGAUAAAAACCAUUAUCCAACAUUCAGAGACUAUAUCAUCAAGAUGAAGAUGUUGGGGGAAUGGGGAGACAACAUCAUUCUGCAGGCAACAGCUGACCUCUAUAAGGUGACCAUCAGGAUCAUUACAACAAUUGCAAAUGAGCCUACAUUCAUUCGUCCAGCUGAAUACUGAGGAGACAUGCCAGUACUAAGCAUAGGCCACUUGUGGGAGCUGCAUUAUGUGACACUCAUACCAGUGUCCACAGAAGGAGAGAAAGAGACAGAAGCAGCUAAUGACACCAAAAUGGACACAGAAGAUGAAUCAGAUUCAGAUUCCAAGUAUGCAAUCAACACUGCUGUAUGGGAACACAAGUGAGGAACAACUUCAAAGGCAUGAUGAGUUUGUCAGCGGCUUCCCAACACCAGACCGAAGAGUCAAUUUUGCAGAGGGAUAUCUGUCUCAAUAU